UUCCAAGAAAUUCUUUCAAUUUAAAUUUAUCAUCAAAAUGGCCAGCAACAACAAAAAUUCUCCUCAAGCACAAGCUUUACAAGCAGUUGCCGAUUUGGAAAUUGAAAUGAUGACAGACACAUAUAGAAGAAUGACUCAAAGUUGUCAAUCAAAAUGUAUAAAUACUUCGUAUCGAGAAUCUGAACUUUUGAAAGGCGAAGCAGUCUGUCUCGACCGUUGUUUAGCCAAAUAUUUGGAUGUUCACGAUCGACUGGGAAAAUUGCUUAUGCAAAUGACUCAACAGGACGACAAAGCACAGCAACAACAACAGCAAAGUUUGGCAGCUACAGCACAGAAAAUGCAUGGGAAAUAGAAGGGAAUAUUUAUUUUGUUUUGUUUAGUUUAUUUUUUUAAACAAUUUUAAUUAUUGUUACGCCUUUUAAAAAUUUAUUAUAAAUAAUGAAAAAAAUUUUUCGAGCUUUUUAAUGAGUUUUUGAGUAUUUUAGGCUGAUGAUUUUUUCGUGUUAGGUCUAGAGACCGGCGCGGGACGGGAUUUUCCGCGAUCCCGAAAUCCCGGAUUUUUAUUUUCGGGAUUUUGAAAUUCGGGAUUCUCUCUAGUCAGGUCAAUUCACCGUCCGAUCAAAAUAACGUCCACCCAACUAGUAUAAAAUACCGUCCAUUUCGCUUAGAACAAA